ACCAGGACUUUGUUCCUUUUGAUUCCGAGAUUUGCUGCGGAACCCGUGCAGUCGUCUUCCUGGAACCAUGGUUUCUGGAACGGCGUUGGUUUACGAUGAUGAAAUGACCAGGCAUAAACUGCUGUGGGAAGACCCCAUCUGUGCCAUUGAAAUCCCAGAAAGGCUGUCUUCCUGCUAUGAGAACCUCAAACGCUACAAUCUGGUUGAACGAUGCCUGUUUGUACCUGUCCGAGAAGGAACGGAGGACGAGAUCAUGCUGGUGCACAGUCCCGAUUACUUGGAGGUUGUGAAAAAUACUCAGAAAAUGACUGAAGAAGAACUCCGAAAAACCUCCACUAAUUAUGAUGCUGUUUUCUUUCAUCUGACCACAUAUCGCUGUGCCAAGUUGGCUGUGGGAGCAACGUUGGAGCUGGUAGAUGCUGUGAUGUCAGGAACAACACGGAACGGGAUGGCUUUAGUAAGGCCCCCAGGUCAUCACAGCCAGAGGAAUGCUGCCAAUGGGUUUUGCGUGUUCAAUAAUGUUGCCAUUGCAGCAAAAUAUGCCCAAAGGAAAUACGGUGUGCAGAGGAUUCUCAUUGUUGACUGGGAUGUGCAUCACGGACAAGGAAUUCAGUAUAUAUUUGAGGAAGAUCCAAGUGUUCUCUAUUUUUCUUGGCAUCGGUUUGAACACCAGCAAUAUUGGCCUUCCCUCAGAGAAUCUGAUUAUGAUGCAGUUGGCCAGGGGAAAGGCGCAGGAUCCAAUAUAAAUGUACCUUGGAAUAAGGUUGGGAUGAAAAACUCCGAUUAUUUAGCUGUGUUUCUUCAUGUGUUGCUCCCAAUGGCAUUUGAGUUUGAUCCAGAGCUUGUUGUGGUCUCUGCCGGUUAUGAUUCUGGAAUCGGUGACCCAGAGGGUCAGAUGAGUGCCACGCCAGAAUGUUUCGCCCACCUUACUCAUUUCCUAAUGCAUUUAGCGAAAGGAAAACUGUGUGUGGUUUUAGAGGGUGGCUAUCAUUUGAGAUCACUCUCCGAAUCUGUUUGCAUGACUAUAAAAACGUUGCUUGGAGAUCCUUUACCCUCUUUGUCUGGAGAAAUGGUACCAUGCUUAAGUGCACUAGAGUCCAUGCACAACGUUAGAGCUGCACAUAAGUUGUACUGGAAAUGUUUGUUAUAUGAAGACCUGACUCCCUUGAAAGAUCUCAGCACCAAAUCCUGCCAGCUAGGGCAAGGAGAGGCUGUUCAGACCGGCACGACACUUGUGAAUCAGCAGGAGUCUGGAAAGACCAACAGGGAUGAAGCCGCUAAAACGGAUGAGUUUUUGGAACAGCAUAUGAAAGAAAUCCUGUCUCUGGAACCUCCUGUUCGAACAGUGGUUGCUGAGGGGAAUGGAGACUCGCUACCACCAUCUGUUCAGAAUGAGAAGAAUGUGGACACUGAAGAGCUGAAAGCCGUAGUCCGUGGGUUUGCAGCUGAUCUUGUGAAAGAAGAAAACGUCUUAAAUGCACUGGUGAACAUGUUGGCUAUCCUUGAAAAAAUAGUCAAAAAGAAGGUGACCAGUGGGCUUGUAGUAUCCCCAGAGGCUUCUCUUUCUUCUGCUCUUGCUCUAAAACAUUGCCACGACUUGAGGCUCCAAAAAAUCCUGUGCAUAUUUGCUGGUGACAUGGAUAUGAAAAUUGAUUCAGAUGAUGGAAAAGUCCUCUUGAUCAAUAUUGGUAAUAAACCAUCUGAGCAACCUAACACCAAGUAUAAUAUUUCUCUGAACUGGAAAGAGGAUGCUGAAAGAAGCACUUUCUUCUCUGCUCUCCUCGGAUUCGUCCUUCCAGUAGCAUACAGCUAUCAGCCGGAUCUAACGGUUAUAGCGGUUGGAUCAAACCAGACUCUUGGCACAACUGGGAUUGCCUUACUUGUCAGCUUACUGCAAGGGCUAGCACAGUGUCGAAUUCUUGCUGUGAUUCAGGAUACAGAGGCGCAACUUUUGGAAGAUAUAGCUAAGCCCAUGAUGGGUGAUAUGACACCCUGCUUUGGAACCUGUUCACCAGCUUUACAAAAGAAUAUACAAAUGGUAAAAGAAUUAAGAGAGCAACUUCAGCAAGAAUGGAAAAUGCUUCGGUGUUCAGUAUGAGCUUCUGUGGUUGAAAGACGAAAUUACUUGGUUGCUGUACUGGAGAUUUCCUUCUACCUAGAGGCAUAGAACGAAUCAACAGCAUCAUAUCAAUAUUUAUAAUAUGCAAACUGUCAAACCAAGAGAAACUGUAAUUCAGAUCCGCCUGUCACCUCCACGAUUCAGCUGCGUGCAUAGAUCAAGAAGACCCUGAACAUUUUUUAGUCUUUUCAGUCAACCAGUAUACAAAAAAGAAUGAAAAUCAAGCUACAGAGAAGGAAUUACACUGCAAGAAUCCUCCGCUAUUUUAUUUCGAGAUAUCAGAAUGGUGCUAAACGUAUAUGUAUGUGUAAAAAAAUUUUGUGUCUGAUUAUAGCUAGUUUGUAGAAAUGGGAAUGGCUUGUUUGACUGUACAACUUGUCUUUAACUAGAAUUGCAGAGAAAUUUCCCAGUGGCUGAGAAUUCACCACGUAGUGUAUUGAAAAGGUAAACGGAAAGUUGGAGCUAGUGUGCUCACAAUGCUCAUGAACACAUGAGCAUACAUGAAGUCGCUCAAUGCCGAGUCAGAGCAUUGAUCCGUCAAUGGUCUCCUCUGACCAGCAUUGGCUCUUCAGAGUUUCAGGAAGAGGUCUGUCCCACCACCUAUCUGGUCCUUUUAAUUGGAGAUACCAGGGCUAAUCCUGGGCCCUUCUGCAUGCAAAGUAAAUGUUUCACCACUGACCCAUGGACUAAGAUUCAUGACUGUCCAAAAUGGCCUCAAAGAGAAGAUAGCUCUCCCAAGUUGCUUUUGUUUACUGUGAUGAAAUGUAUAGGCAAGGUAACAAAUGAUGCUCUCAUUAAGAAAUCCUGUCUGGGUAUUUUGGACAAAGCUACAGCUAAAAAAGGUAUCAUUUCAUGUAACAAUUAGGUCUUUUCUUUGUGUAAGGAAUUUAACUUUUCAUAACAUUAAAAUCUUAUUCCAUUGUA